AUGAUUAUAGCUUGUUUCAUUGGUCAAUUAAAUGGAUGGUGGGAUAAUUAUUUGACCCCAACACAGCGUAAUUCUAUUUUAACUGUUGUUAAACAAGAAGGAAGAUGGACGGAUAAUAAUGAAUCUAUUCGUACCAUGCUUCAAAAUCUUAGAUGUAAGACACUAACAUCAUUUAGGUGGUAUAAAGAUGUUUUUCUUUGCCGGGUCAUGGAAUUACCAGAGAGUAAUGACUCUCACUGGAAGUCCAAAUUUAUAGAUGGACUCCCUCCACUUUUUGCAGAAAGAGAAGGAUUAGCCUUAUGUAAUGAAAUUAGGCUAAGUCAGCAAAUCAAGUGUCAUGGUCUUAAUGAAAGACAACAAUUAGGAGAAUUUUGUGGACAGUUUGGUAUGGAUAUUCCACAAUCUUCUAAGAAUCAUCAUAGGCAUAAGAAAAAUCAUAAAGACUUCCAACAAUGGAAGGAGAACCGCUCGCAGAAAAAAGCUAGGCGCAAAAAGACUUUCAAGGAAAGAAAGAAUUUUAUUAAAUCCAAAAAUCCAAAAGCCUGUUAUAAGUGUGGCAGAAUAGGUCAUUUUUAUAAGAAUUGUAGGGUUAAGGAGAAGAUUAAAGCCCUUAACAUAGAUGAUGACCUUAGAGAAUCUUUAUAUAAAAUUUUGUUAAAUUCAAACCUAGAACCAGAGGAUGAUUCUAGUAAGGAGAGUGAUAGUUCUUCCAACCCCUCUUUAGAUGAAGAUAUUAGGGUGUUAGAUGAAGAGAAUUAUAUCUCAACCAGUUCAGACGAUGAGUGUCAACCAUGCCAAAUAGGGCAGCCUUGUGCUAAAACUAAGGAAGACGAUGAGUUUUAUAAACUUGUUUCCCAGUUUAGUGAAAACAGUCUUCAUGUUUUAGACGGUAAUAACCUCGUUGACCUCCUUAAAAAUAUUAAGGAUCCCAAUCUUAGGUCCCAAUUAUAG